AACGCGGUGCCGGAGGGAUGUCCGCUUUCUCCGAGGCGGCGCUGGAGAAGAAGCUGUCGGAGUUGAGCAACUCGCAGCAGAGCGUGCAGACCUUGUCCCUGUGGCUCAUCCACCAUCGCAAGCACUCGCGACCCAUCGUCACCGUGUGGGAGCGGGAGCUGCGGAAAGCCAAACCGAACAGGAAGCUUACUUUUCUCUACCUAGCUAAUGAUGUCAUUCAAAACAGCAAAAGGAAGGGGCCAGAGUUUACAAAAGAUUUUGCACCCGUUAUAGUGGAGGCUUUUAAGCAUGUUUCAAGUGAAACUGAUGAAAGUUGUAAGAAGCACCUUGGAAGAGUGCUGUCUAUUUGGGAAGAAAGGUCUGUGUAUGAAAAUGAUGUAUUAGAACAACUUAAGCAAGCUCUGUAUGGUGACAAGAAGCCUAGGAAGCGAACGUAUGAGCAGAUAAAGGUGGAUGAGAAUGAAAACUGUUCCUCUCUAGGAUCUCCAAGUGAACCACCACAGACUCUAGAUCUCGUUAGAGCAUUGCAAGAUCUAGAAAAUGCAGCUUCUGGUGACGCAGCGGUUCAUCAAAGGAUAGCUUCUUUGCCUGUUGAAGUUCAAGAAGUGUCCCUUCUAGAUAAAAUAACAGAUAAAGAGUCUGGAGAAAGACUUUCUAAAAUGGUAGAGGAUGCUUGUAUGUUGCUGGCAGACUACAACGGCAGGUUGGCGGCUGAAAUAGAUGAUAGGAAGCAGCUCACUCGAAUGUUAGCAGAUUUCCUUCGUUGUCAAAAGGAAGCCCUUGCAGAGAAAGAGCAUAAAUUGGAAGAAUACAAGCGCAAGUUAGCCAGAGUUUCCUUGGUGCGCAAAGAACUCAGGUCCCGGAUCCAGAGCCUGCCGGACUUAUCUCGAUUGCCCAAUGUCACUGGCAGCCACAUGCACCUGCCCUUUGCGGGGGAUAUCUACAGUGAAGAUUGAUGACCAGUCUCUUUCCAGGGCCCAGGACUUUGCAAGAGAUGGAGACAGGUUAGGUGGAUAGUGCUGUAGUGUUAUUUUUGUAUAUUGUUGAGAGAGUGACAUUAACAAAAAGA